AAAAAAAAGAAACAAAAUAAAAAAAAUUCUAAAAAAAAAAAUGAAUUAAAAAUAAGAUUAUGAUGCAAUAUUAAAAUUUUUAGUCAUAGGAGAUUCUGGAGUAGGAAAAACAUGUGUUUUAUUGAAUUAUUGCGAAGGAACAUUCACAAAUGUUAAUUUAACAACAAUAGGCAUUGACUAUAAAUUAAAACAAGAAGAAAUUGAUGGAAAAAGAGUUAAAUUAUAAAUUUGGGAUACUGCAGGUUAAGAAAGAUUUAAAACAAUAACAGUUAAUUAUUAUAAAGGAGCUGCGGGUAUUAUUUUGGCUUAUAGUGUAAUAGAUCCUAAUAGUUUCAAAAAUAUAAUUGAUUGGAUGAAAUAAAUAAAUGAACAUGCUAACGCGGAUGUUAAAAAAAUUAUUAUUGCAAAUAAAUGCGAUAUGAAAGAGGAAAGAAAAGUUAGUUAAAAAGAAGGAGAAGAUUUAGCAGAAAAAUAUGGUGUAAAGUAUUUCGAAACAUCAGCUAAAAGUGGAUAGAAUGUAUCAGAUGCCUUUAAAUAUAUAGCGAAAUUGGCUUUAGAAAAAGAAUAUAAUAACGGAAAUAUUAACAUAAAAAAUAAUGAAAGAAUAUAAAAAAAAAAUGGUGGUGGUUGUUGCUGA